AUGAAGAAUGGUGAGAAGAUUCUCGAUAAUUCACGGGCGCAGCUAUGGAAAGAUGGCGUAUUGGAUGAGGAUUUUGACGUUGAGAUCAUUGAUCAAACGGGAUGUGGCGAAGCGCUUGAGGGUGUCGCCGUCGGCGCAGAUAUGUAUCAUGUGCAGAAAGUGCGAGCGUUUAUUGGCCCUUACUGUAAUGCUGUCGUUGGUUACAUGGCAUCGUCAAACACUUUUGCUGACAAGUCCAUCUACAAAACCCUGGCAAGAGUGUCGCUGAGGACAACCAAUUCAUUAGCAGAAGCGGUCGCGGCAAUUCUCAGUCACUAUGAAUGGACUAAGGUUGGUAUUGCCACCAAUACUGGGGUGGUUGCUUUCGAAAGGACGCAGGCUUUCGAAGAGGCCUUUCACAAGCGAGACAUACAAAUAAAUAAAAAGGUGAUGUUCGAUGAGAGUUCGGUCGCGAAAUCGGUGAUGCAGAGGGAAUUGCUCAGCGAGUUAGCAAACCAUGCUCGAAUUAUCAUAUGCAUUUUUUCAUCGACCCGUGAAAUGACGAAAGAGUUUAUGAAGGCGAUAUACAAUGCUGAAAUGAACAACCAUGAUUAUGUGUACAUUAUUCCGUGGCUACAGACAGAGAAGAAAGAUGUAUCGCCGUGGAUGGGAGACGAUGGCCAGACUCAACAAAACAUCAAGGAUCACUACGCGAACUCGUUUAUCCCGCUUCGUGAACAAGUCGAAGCGAACGGAAUGUCCAUGGAAGACUUAGACAUAAGCAACAUUUAUGGCUACACUCAUUUGUACGACGCACUUCAAUUGUACGCCAUUGCCGUUCGUAACUCGAUAAACAUCACCAAGAACUUCACAGCCUACGAAGAUGGGCGUUUCGUGUGGAAUCAAAUGCGACGUCUGACAUUUCCUGGCCUUGCCUCAGCCGCAGGAUUGAGUUCAGGAACGGUAGUGAUGGACGAUCUUGCAGAGCGAGCACCUGUUUAUGCAGUUUUCUACGUGCCGCCUAACAGCGAUACAGUGAGGAAAGUCAACGAGAUCGAGCCGAAGCUGAUCGAGAAAUGUGAUGGUUUGAAAACAAAAACGGGAUGUGUCGAUUUGCAAAUCACGGAAGUGGUAACCGGGUUUUGGCCGUCUCCUGAUGGUGCGCUGCCUAAAGAUGAACCUUCAUGUGGGUUUCGCAAUGAACGUUGCGACUACACAAUGAUAAUCAUUGCCGGCGCCAUGUUCUUCCUAUUAUUGUUCAUCAUCAUAGGGGUAUUCGUCACUGUCAGGAUAUGCGAGAAUCGCGCUCUAGCGAAAAUGCCGUGGAGGAUUUAUCGCGAUGAUUUUAGGGUAGUUAACGAGGGUGAAAUACGUUCGAUGUUAUCCAUCGGUUCUGCAAAAACAGAACUAUCGAAAACGUCGACAUUCUUGAAGCAUCAUGCUGUACUCGGCACCAACACUCACGCCUCGUUCCACGUCUAUCCCCAAUGUAGACCGAUCACCUUCAGUCGGUCGGAUAUGCAGCUGUUGUCUUUGAUGAAACAAUCCAUCCACGACAACAUCAAUCCGUUCUUGGGUAUGUCGUUCAAUGAAAAAGAUGAAAUGGACAUUAUCUACAAUUCUGAAGUAGUGCUAGAUGGAAAUUUCCAUGGUGCCUUUAUCAAAGAUAUCACUUCGGGUUUGGAAUAUCUUCACACUAGUCCCAUCGGAUAUCACGGAUCACUCACUCCAUGGGCGUGUCUUAUUGAUCGGAACUGGAUGAUCAAGCUCACAGACUUCGGAAUUGCUAGUUCCCUGGAACGUUGGGAAAGAAAAGGUUUAAUUUCGAUUGAAUUGCUCAAGGAAGACGAUGAAGAGGGAAAAAGCGGCUCGCAACAAAAAACAAGUGUUCUGUACCAAUCACCUGAACUUCUGCAGAAUCGAGCAGUGAAUCGGGGUCGAGGCGCCGAACAGAAGGAAUUAAAGCAAGUGCACUCUCUUCGUCCAAUGGGUGACAUUUACGCUUUCGGAAUGGUGAUGUAUGAGAUAUUAUUCCGUGGGUUACCGUUUCCAAGUUCGGUCGAUAUUGAUGAAUUAAUCGAAAACAUCAACAGUGGUAAGAACACGUGCCGUCCAUCCAUACAAGACAAUUCGAACGUUCAUCCGAAUUUAAUUGCAUUGUUGUCGGACUGCUGGAGUAAAAAUCCUGAAAUGCGUCCAACAGGCUCCCUUGUGGAUCAAAUGAUGAGAAUGAUGGAGCAGUAUGCUAACAAUCUCGAGAAACUCGUCCAAGAGCGAACUGGUAUGCUGGAAGACGCAAACGCAAGAGCCGACAAGUUGCUUAGUCAGCUUCUUCCGAAGUAA